AUGAAAAGAAAAGGCAUUUCAGAAGAAAUACCUAAAAUAGAGAAUUCAAAGAUACCUCAGCAUUCUUUUAUUACUUUAUUGUCAAGUAUAUUACGUUUACCAGAAGAAACUACAGCUCUUGCUUUUGUUUACUAUCAUAGAUAUCAUCGGUGGAUAGAAAAAAUAAGCCAAGAUGAAUCAUUAUAUUUGAUAGAUGAUUAUACAUUAGCUAUCUCAUCUCUAUCACUUGCAUCGAAAGCAACAGAGCAGUUUCGACGUAUGCGAGAAUUCCUUGUUCCGGCCUAUUCAAUAAUAAACCCUUCCAAGCCACGACUAACGUUUCCUUCGGAAUUUUAUGACUCUUUAAGGGAUUCUGUUGUUAAUGCAGAACUUAUUUUAUUAAGAGUUCUUAAAUUUGAUAUAAAAAUUAUUCUUCCUUUUUCAUAUUUAACAAAAGCACUUCAUUUAACUUUAACUACAUGGCACUCUGAAACAACCGAUCCAACACUUCAGAAAGAAAAGUACCUUAUAAAUACGGCUAUCGGGCGUUAUGCACGUUGUCGUAUUAUGGAUGCUAUAUCGGAUUAUCGACUUUCAACCUUAUAUGAUCCACAAACAUUGUCGAGUGCUUGCUUAUGGCAUGCUCUUCGUGACUUCAGGAUAUUUCCAGAGGAGAAAUUCUUAUCAUGGGUUUUAUUAAUCACAGGAAGCACAGAAAUACAUGAAGACAUUCAAGAUGCAAUAUACGAUCUUGCUCAACUAGACUUAAGACGUCAUGAGCAGAGGAAAAUAUCGUGGUUAGAAGAUAAAUCAUGCUAG